AUGAUUGGUAUUGUGAAACGAUCUCUGAAGAAAUCAAUUGGAACUGGACAGCUUACAUUCUGUCAACUUGAAACUUUGCUAAUUGAAAUUGAGGCAAUUGUCAAUUCUAGACCACUGGUAUACGUUGGUGAGGACUUCACAAUCGAUCAUGUUCUCACGCCUGCCAAUUUCUUAACUGGGCAUAGUUCUCUUGGUCAGCCUAACUUUGUCAUUACAGAUGACCCUGACUACAUCACACAUGUCAGUAAUGCUCAACAACUCGUCAACCUGUGGAAACAGCAGCAGAAAUGUCUCCACAUUUUCUGGGAGAAGUGGUCGGCAGAGUAUUUGCAGUCGCUACGACCACAACAACACAGUCAACGAAAUUCCAAUAGCUUCAAGCCAAGUGUGAACUGCAUUGUUCUGAUCAAGGAUGUUGAUCGGCCGCGCAGCUGCUGGAAAAUAGGAAGAAUCGCGCAGCUACACCAAAGCACAGACGGCGAAGUGCGAUCAGUGACGCUACGUAUGCCAUCUGGGACUUCCAUGAACCGGCCGGUAAGCCAUCUCUAUCCGUUAGAGUGUUCAUCAGGCGAAGUAACCACUGCAGAAGUGACAGAGCCUGCAAUUGCGCCACUGCCUGAACGCCCGCGACGCAAUGCAGCAACAGCAGCUACAAUGCGCACCAGUGAUCUGAUCGAAGAUGGACAAGUAUAG